CGUAAAACCCCCCUCUCUAUCUCUGAGACUCUGACCAUAUUGCCCUUCACACACAGUCACUUCGAUUCUCCACCGACGACCUCUCCAAACCCCCCACUAAUCUACGCCGUCGACGCCGCGGCGGCGUAACCUCAAUACCCCCAAUCAGAUCCCCAAUUAAGCUCAAAACGACACCGUACAAUGUCUUACAGCGACACGAUCCCGUUGCACCCGAGCUCCCAAUCUGACAUUGACGAGAUCGAGAACCUCAUCCAUAUCCAGCAAUCCUCCGUCCUCCCUGCUCGCCCACCUUCACCUCCACGCGCCUCCAUCCCCGUGUCAUCCACCCCCUCCUUCAUCCCUUCCAAUCUCCCCCCUCCCGCCCCUCCCAAACCCAUCCCCGCCCCCUCCACCACGUUCACCGUUCCCUCUGUUGCACCUCCGAACCCCCGAUCAUCCACCACCACCACCGGCGGCGGCGGUGCCGCGGCAUCCGGGUUCGGGUCGGGCCCGAACACUCUCACGGAGCCUGUUUGGGAUACAAUUAAGAGGGAUUUGUCGAGGAUCGUAAGCAAUUUGAAGCUGGUUGUGUUUCCGAAUCCGUUUAGGGAAGAUCCGGGGAAAGCAUUGAGGGAUUGGGAUCUUUGGGGCCCGUUUUUCUUCAUUGUUUUCCUUGGCCUAACUCUUUCAUGGUCUGCUUCCGUUAAGAAGUCUGAAGUUUUUGCUGUCGCGUUCGCCCUUCUUGCAGCCGGUGCUAUAAUCCUAACAUUGAAUGUUUUGCUCCUGAGGAUCGGUUACGGUGGAGAUUUAUUUGCAUCUUAUUCAGACUCUGAUAAAUCAAUGUUGUAA